UCGCAGGGACCCACUGGAGGCUUAGACGCAGAUGAUGUCAGACUCGCGAUUUAGGAAGAUCGCCGGCAGCUGCAGAAGAAAGGGCUGAAGCGGGGAGAGACUGGAGGCAGGGAGGCCCGGCAGGAGUCCGGGGGCACGUCGCUGUCCCGCUCGGAGCUUCCAUUUCCUGCCCCCGACAGCGGAAAUUCUGUCUCGCUUGACCACGAGACCUUCUGCCCACGGGGCCGGGGCGGAGAAUCUCGGGACUCAGGGCUGGGAGGAUCACGAGCGGUCGUGCGGAUCCGAAGUGUGCUUUUUCGCCAAAGGAAAUUGAGGAAGCCGGUAGAAGAGAAGCGACCGGCCCCGGAUCGCCCCGCUCGCAAGCCGUCCGUCCUCAGUCUCCUCCUCCACGCAAUGGGUCGGUUGCUAAGUGCCGCCGAGCUCCAGGACUGGCCACCGGAGGACCUCCAGCCCCACGCCCCGCCGCCCGGCGCACCUGUCCGACCUGCGCCCCCGGCCCAGGGCAGCAGGGGGCAGCAGGAACCCAGGCCAGCCGGGCGGACCGGGGCGGGCCGGGGCGGGGCCCAUUAAAAGCCGCCCCGGGCGUGAGGUUGCUCAGGAGCCAAAAUGAGUUGCUUUACCUUCCUGAAGGUCACCAUGGUUAUCUUUAACCUCCUCAUCUUUCUCUGCGGCGCCUCCCUGCUGGGAGUGGGAAUAUGGGUCUCUCUGGAUGGCGCCUCCUUCCUGAAGAUCUUCGGGCCCGUGUCGGCCAGCGCCAUGCAAUUUGUGAACGUGGGCUACUUCCUGAUCGCCGCGGGCUGCGCCCUGCUGGUGCUGGGCUUCCUGGGGUGCUACGGGGCCCAGAAGGAGAGCAAGUGUGUGCUGUUAAUGUUUUUCUCCAUCCUGCUCAUAAUAUUCAUCGCUGAGAUCGCUGCUGCAGUGGUCGCCCUGGUCUACACCUCCCUGGCGGAGAACCUGCUCAAUGCCUUGGUCGUGCCGGUGAUCCAGAAGGACUACGGCCAGCAGUCGGACAUCACCCAAGUGUGGAACAGCACCAUGGAAGGGCUCCAUUGCUGUGGUUUCAACAACUACACCGACUUUGAGCUGUCCCCGUUCUACAUGAAGUACCAGCACUUCCCCUCCUUCUGCUGUAAGAACCAGACGGACGUCUGCUCUGCAGAAGGGGCCCAGAAGGCUGGUGUCCAGGGCUGUUUUCAGCAGCUCCUGAAGGGCAUUCACACCAAUGCGGCCGUGGUGGGCGGCGUGGCUGCGGGUUUCGGGGCCCUCGAGCUGGCCGCCAUGGUCGUGUCCAUGUACCUCUACUGUCAACUGGACAAAGCCUGAUUCUGAGUACCGGGGGAUGGGGGGUGGGGGGGUGGGCCCCGGGGCAGAGCUCCUGUGGCCCCACCAGGGAUUGAGGUGAUGGGACGGACACCCACGGAGCCAAGCUUUAAAUUGGUGGCUGAGCCAGGUAGUGGGAGGGGGUCCCGUCCCCCCCACCCCCACCCCCUGAUGUUGCAAUUUCCCAAAUCCUUCCAUCUGGGGACAGGGCCCAGGGCCAACAUGAAGGCUCUUGGGAGUCAGAGCAGCUCUGAGCCUCUGGGAGGGCAGACACAGGCCCAGCUCGGUGGGGGCAGGGCCGAGGUGGCCCUGCCCCCCACGGGACCCUUGGCAGGGGAAGGGUGGGGGUGGGGGCACGGUGGGGAGGGCUGAGCCCAGAAGCUUGUGACUUUUGAUUGUACAAAAAUAAUUAAAGAGUUUUUUCCAUUUGCCA